GGAUUGUGGGUGCGGGGAGUGGAAUUUUGGAACGAAAUGUAGCGAAGAGAAGUACAGUAGUAAGAGUACCAGUGCAGCCGCCGCUGGCCGAGGGGGCGCGCCGCGGAGGGGACGCCGCACCCCCUUUCUGCCGCAGGGACCCCGAUCACACCGCCCCAGAGGGAAGAGGCGCCCCCAGUACCCGCGUCGGCCGCGUCCACGUUUUCCCCAGGAAGCCGGACUCUAUGGGGCGGGACCCCGGGGGAGACUGAGCGGAACCUGGAGCCGACCCCGAACCCCUGAACCUCGAGCGAGGGGCGCCCCGGGAGCACCCGCCCUGUGGGUGCGCAGCCCGCCCGCGGAGCAGCCAUGAGCGAGUCGGUUAUCUGCUCGAGCCGGGCCACGGUGAUGCUUUAUGACGAUGGCAACAAGCGGUGGCUGCCUGCAGGCACGGGCCCCCAGGCCUUCAGCCGAGUCCAGAUCUACCACAACCCCACAGCCAAUUCCUUCCGGGUGGUCGGCCGGAAGAUGCAGCCAGACCAGCAGGUGGUCAUCAACUGCUCCAUCAUGCGGGGUCUCAAGUAUAACCAGGCCACACCCAACUUCCACCAGUGGCGCGACGCCCGCCAGGUCUGGGGCCUCAACUUCAGCAGCAAGGAGGACGCCGCACAGUUCGCCGCAGGCAUGGCCAGUGCCCUAGAGGCGUUGGAAGGAGGUGGGCCUCCAGCACCGCCACCGCCGCCGCCGUCCUUGCAGCCACCCGCAGCACCCGCCACCUGGUCUGUCCAGAACGGCCCCUCCCCGGAGGAGGCAGAGUAUCAGAAAAGGCAGCCGGAGCAUGUGGAGCGGGAGCGUCGAGUCUCUAAUGCAGGAGGGCCACCUGCUCCCCCAGCUGGGGGACCACCCCCACCUCCAGGACCUCCCCCUCCUCCAGGUCCUCCCCCACCCCCUGGCCUGCCCCCAUCCGGGGUCUCAGCUGCAGGGCAUGGAGCAGGGGGAGGUCCACCCCCUCCACCCCCUCUCCCCACGUCAUCAGGCCCCAGUGGUGGAGGGACUGGGGCCCCCGGCCUGGCUGCAGCCAUUGCCGGAGCCAAACUCAGGAAAGUGAGCAAGCAGGAGGAGGCCUCAGGGGGGCCCUCAGCCCCCAAAGCUGAAAGCAGUCGAAGCACAGGUGGGGGGCUCAUGGAAGAGAUGAACGCCAUGCUGGCCCGGAGAAGGAAAGCUACACUGGUUGGGGAGAAACCUCCCAAGGAUGAAUCUGCCAAUCAGGAGGAGCCAGAGGCCAGAGUCCCAGCCCACAGCGAACCUGUGCGGAGACCCUGGGAGAAAAACAGCACAACCUUGCCAAGGAUGAAGUCGUCCUCUUCAGUGACCACUUCCGAGGCCCACCCUUCUACACCCAGCUCCGGUGAUGAGUCAGACCUGGAACGGGUGAAACAGGAGCUUCUGGAAGAGGUGAGGAAGGAAUUGCAGAAAGUGAAAGAGGAAAUAAUUGAAGCCUUUGUCCAGGAGCUGAGGAAGAGGGGUUCCCCCUGACCACAGGGCCCCGAAGAGCGAGUUUCUCCUUUCUGCACACCCCGCCUGUCACCCUGCUUUCCCUGCCUCAACUAAACUUGGAACUGGCUGAAGAAUACAGGAAUGCGGCUUCCCCACUCCCGAGGGGGUGUGGCUUCUGUCGUGCCCCCGCCCAUACUGGCUGCUGAUUGGCUGGGGAGGCCCCCACCUUUUGCUCUCUGUGGUCCUCCUCCUCUGCCAUCCCCUUGGGGCGGGUUCCUUUGCAGGGGGAUGUACCAAUGAACCCCACAGUGAGAGGGAAGGGAGGAGGGAAUUUCACAUUCCCUAGUUCUAGAUUUCACUUUAACGCUUAAUGCCUUCGAAUUUUUGUUUUUUAAGAAGAAAAAUAUAUAUAUAUUUAGGUUUUGGGGGGAGGGAAAUUUUUUUCUCUUUGGUUUUGAUAAAUGGGGUGUGGGGAGUUUUUAAACGCCGUAGCCCAAGGCUUGUUCCAUUUAGGGCAGCUAUUUAAGGGGGGAUGUCCCACCAGGCUGGGGGCACCUCUCUGGACCCCAGGAACAUCCCUUCCCUUUGGCUCCUUCCCCUUUUCUAUGAGGAAUUAAGAUGCUGUAACUUUUUGGAACCUCAGUUUUUGUUUUUUUGUUUUUUUAUUUGGGUAGGUUUUGGGGUCCAGGCCAUUUUUACCUGCUUAGGGAAAAUAAGAUGAAGGAGAAAGAAAAGGGGGAAGAAAGCUCCCCUCUCCCACCUUCACCUGUAGCUUCUUGAAAAUGGGCCCCUGCAGAAUAAAUCUGCCGGUUUUUAUAAA